CGACAUGAUCCUUGUUCACUGUGUUAAAAUCACCUCAUGUUCAUAAAAAGGCAAGAGAACAAUUUGAAAUGAAAAUCAACAAGGAAAUGCUGGUUAUAGAAACUAAAAGGCAUGAAUUACGCAAGAAAUUAUUCUGGUUAAAAAGGCAACAGAUCUUUGGAGAUCAAUUUAAAAUCAUAUUUUCUUUUAAGAAUCAAUUGGAUAAAACACAACAUCCAGAAGUUCUUCAGCCUGGAGCGAAGGAUGUUUCUAAAUACAACAAACUUGAAGAACGUUCUAUGAUGAAGGCACUUAAUUCUUUGGCACAUGAAGGUUUUUAUUCGGAUGAUGUGGAAAAUUCCUUGAACUCGGUUGAAUCUUCUCUUCCAGUAACCAGCACAACAACAUUUCCUCAAGGGCUUACGCCGAAUCUUCGUUCUGUUCCCAAUGAACGUCUGAAAGCUAGAGUGGACAAGGAAGGAUCAAGAGUUGUAUCUACUCAAUUGAUAGAAAAAUUCAUUUUAAAUAAUCCUUAUUGCCCAAAUGUCGAAGCUCAGGUACAUACAUAUUUCCAAUUUGAGAACAUAAGGAUGAAAGGGUUGCGAUUUGAGUCUGUACAGAUAAGAAGAAAGGUGCACAGGAAACAAAGUGCAUCUCAAUCUCGAAUCAAAGUGACCCAUGAAGGUGAAGUUGAAAUUGAAAUCACAGUAAGAAGAUAUCGAAUCAAAACAGGUGACAGGGAUUAG